AUGGCCGCCUCAACGCGAGCACUUACCCCAACCCCGACAAAUCCAUUUAAUGCUGUCAACGGCCCCAGCACCCCAGGCUCUGCUGCGCGCAACUCGCACGGCGGCGCAACCUUUGGAACCCAUCUCACAAAGUCUCCCCGCGGCCUGUCGCCCCAGCUCUCCCCCCAGGCCCUCGCCGGACCUGGUGCCCUCGCCGACGAGCGCCGCUUUCGCGAGCCUUCAUCCCGCCAGACGAGCCCCAAUCCUGCUGCUUCGGUCCUGCAGAGCCUGAAUGGCACCGUCCAGUCCAUCGGCCAUUCUUCAGGCGCCCCGCAAGAACCCGCGCCGCCCACAAAGGCUGACAAGAUCGCGAAGCCGCUCAUGAUCCCAGACAACAAUGGAGUCACCGGCGAAAACAUGCAAACCAGCCCAGUCAGUCUUUCCAGCUUUGGCGAUGGAGAUGCGCCAAACGCGCCCGGUGCCUCUGCCACAGAAGGCGGUGCUCUUGGCAACACGGCUCGGGAAGGUGCGCCUCACCAGCAGCAACAACAACAGCACCAUCAGCAUCACCACCAGCUCAUUGCCCCAAAUCCUGCCGACAACCCGGGAAACCGCGCCUUUACCUUUCCCGGCCCCCUUCCCCCGGAGCCCGACCCUCGCGCCCCAGCCCGCCAGAUGAGUCUUCCUGGAUACGGCCAAAACACGCCCAAGUCGCCAUCGACAAAACGCCACAAGUGCCCAUACUGCUCUACAGACUUCACGCGACACCACAACCUCAAAAGCCACCUGCUAACCCACAGCCAAGAAAAGCCCUAUGAAUGUCCCACCUGCCAAGCACGUUUCCGCCGUCUACAUGAUUUGAAACGGCAUACGAAACUACACACCGGCGAGCGUCCGCAUACCUGCUACAAGUGCGGCCGCAGGUUUGCUCGUGGAGACGCUCUUGCGCGACACAACAAGGGUCAAGGUGGCUGUGCGGGCCGCCGCUCUAGUUUCGGCAUCGAUGACGAUCUUGGCGAUUCCAAGGGCGAUGAAGGCAUGGACGGCGUCAUCUACACUGGCGAGCCUGACGGCGAGGGCGACGAAGACGACGACGGCCGCCGUGUCAGCGAGCCCGCGCGCAAGCGACAAAACACUGGAAACUCGACGCAAGAUUCGUACCACCAGCAUUCUAGCACGUAUCCGCCAAUUGCCGCGAACCGGGGCUCGGGCAGCCAAAACAAUCUUCGACCUUACUACCCAGGCUCUUCAGCGCAGGCGGCCAAUGUGUCACCCAAAGCAGCUCCGUCCAACCUUGCUUCUGUUCACAACGCAAACACGCAGUCGAAUGUCUUUGGCCAGGGUGGCAUGACGGAGAGUCCACGACCACUCUCGCCAGGCCAACAGGAACAACAUCGCCUUGCGCCAGAAAGCAACAUGCCAGGCUCGCGCUCACCAAGCCUAUCGCAUCACAUGCACCAGCAAAACUACGCCCGUGGCCAUGGUACACCUCCUGUCAGCCUUGCCCCGCCCAACACCAGUAACGGGCCUCACUUGCCCUCUCUGCCUGGACUUAACCCCAUGCCUCCAAAGCAAGGCACACAGGGAGGCAAGAGCAAUGGCCCAAGCAUGCUUCAGCACUCGGCCAUGGCAGCUCCCGGAAGUGGUUCACAACCGGGCAGCCUCUCUAGCCAUGGUGGCAGCGGCAGCAGUACACGUGAGGUCAUGGGCAACCAUGUUGAUGUGUGGCAAUAUGUUCGCGAGAUUGAAGCUCGAAUGGCUCGCAUGGAAAAGGAGCACAAUGACAAAAUCUCCACGUUGCAAAACGAAAUUACCACACUGCGUGCCCAGCUGGCACAGCAGCAUGUUAAUAACGCACAAGGCCAGCAGCAAAGUCACUAG